AUGGGAGAAAAAAAAGAAUAUAUAGAUUGUUCUAAUCUUAUUUACAGUAAUGUAGAAGGCUUGGAAGAAAAUGAAGAAAUUAAAGUAGAAAAUUUUUUAUAUGAAAAGCAUAUGUGCUCUCGGGAAAUAGGAAAUGAAAAAUUAGAUGUAGGAGUAAACCCUGAAAAAAGAAUAACGAUAGAAGAGUGCGAAAAAAAAGGGUAUUUAACAAAAAAAUUAGAGUUAAAUCAUAUUAUAAUAAUCAUGGACUCUUUAUUAUUACAGCAAAUAAAGUUGCUUGAGGGAAGCCACCCUUUUUUAUCGAUCCUAAAUUGCUACUAUUUGCACAACUCAAAUAUAAUCCCUUGUAAUAAUGAUCCCUAUUUUUUUGAAAAUUUUUUUGGGGAAUGGAUUAACAAUUUUUGUGCUGAUAAAAUAUAUACUGAUAUUUUUAAAACUUCAAACAAUGAUUUUAUAAUGUUUGUGAAAAAUGGAAGAAAAUCACCAACCCCACCAAAGGAUGGUAAAGGAAAUAAAGAUGAAAUUGAUAAUAAAAAUAAGAUAUGUUAUAAUGGAACUAAUAAUGAAAAGGAUAUUAACAAUGCUAAUGAAAGUUGGGGAAAUGAAAAAUAUAAAUCAAUAUGUAAUGAAAAUUAUAUAAAGGAUAAUAUAUUUAUUUUUUUUCAACUUUUUUUAAUUUGUUAUUGCUCUAGUACUGAAAUAAUUGAUAAAAUUUUAGCAGACAAUGAAUUAAUACAUAGAGACGAUUAUAAAAGUGGCUUGUUUAAAAUAAGUGAGACAUUAAUAUAUAUGUGCCGAAAAAAACGUUCAUACAUUUUGAAAAAUAUGGUUCUUAUAAAACUAUGCUUUAACAAGUUUUUGAUAAAAUUUGAAGAAACAAAAAAUGUGAAAUUUUCUAAAAAAGGGAAAAGCUCAAAGAAAGGAAAUGUGUCGAUAGAUGAAAAUGAUAAAUUAAUUUAUAUGAUUUUAAAAAGAGUUAAAUUUAUUAUAUAUUUUGUUUCUAUACUAAGCAAAAUAGCAUCUGAAACAUCUGACACAAAUUUUGAAACAGUAAAAGAUGACUGCACCCAAAUCUUAAAAUGUAUAAAUGAUAUAAAUAAAGACGCAAAUUUUUUAAAUGACAUUUUUGAUGAUAAUAAAAGUAUUAUUUACAAAUAUUUUAAUAAUUUUUUUUUAAUGCAUAAAUUAAACAAUAUCUCAAAAAAUGAUACAAAUAUCUCUGUGAAAGGGGUUUAUGCCUUUUAUGAGCAUAUAACUAUAGAUAUAGAGUAUAUAGUAAAAAAUUUCGAGUAUAUAAAUUCUAAGUCGAUUUUUUUAGAUAUUGUUAAUAUUAUUCAUUAUAUAAAAUAUUAUUCGAAUAGCAAUAAUAUUUUAACAAAAUCGAUAGCAAGAAUUGUUUUAUAUCAAAUUAUGGACAGGUCAAAGAUACGUUUUGAUGGGAUGGAAUAUAAUUUAUUAGCACACCAAAUAAAUAAAGGUGGAAACACUCAGGGAAUGAAUCAGUUAAUUGGAAAUAUGAACAAGGAAGAAAAUCGAAAUGAAUGUAAAAAUGAUGAUAUUUUUGAAAAGAGAGAAGUUAAUGACGAAAUGGAAUUAACUGAAGGGGUUUCGUCAUAUGGAGAGUGGAAUAAAAUCAUGAAAGAUGAAGGGAGAAAAAAUGAAGGAAUUAUUAAGAAUGAUGUAGUCGAUUUAUCAAAUUCUCCCUCUGAAAAUCACGCAGAGCCAUGUGUAAAAAAAGAAAAAGAAGAAAAAGAAGAAAAAGAAGAAAAAGCAGAGAAUGAAGGAGAAAACGAGAAAAUGUUUGAUAUUCAUGAUCCUGAAGUUAUUGAGAAUUAUUAUAGGAUGCUUUUAAAUAAAUAUAUAAAAGAAGAAAAUAAAUAUCCAUGUUAUAAAAAUAUGAAUAAAGAAUUAGAAAAUAAUAUCAAAGAUAAUAUAUUUGUUAAUUUUUUUCUAAAUUUAUAUUUUAGUGAUACAUACGCAAUAUUAGAAAAUAUAGAGGAAAAUAAUUAUCCAAAAAAGAUAAGCAAUUCAAAUUUUUAUGUAAAAAAUAUAAUUUUUAAUGAUUUACAAUUUUUUGGAUUUUCACCAUCAUUGAUAAUUCUAUUUAUAAAUUUUGUUCAUAUCCAUGAAAUGUUUUUUUUUAAAAUUUCCGAAAUUCUAAAAAUAGACAAAAUGUUGAAUUAUAAAGAUUGUGAUAAAUAUAAUAAUUUUUUAAAAGAAGUAUUUAAUUCGAAAUGGUUAAAAAUGUUUGAACUUAAAUUGCGAUAUUAUUUUCCUUAUUUAAUAAAUUACAUGGAAAAAGAUAUAUCCUCUAUAGAGUUACUAAUUUUACUCGACAAUUUUAUUGAUAAUCUUGAAAUGGGGCCAUCAGAAAAUUCAUAUGAAGUAAAUGAAAAUAAGGAGGUCAUUAAAGUUGAUAAUUUGAAUAAAGAAAAUACAAUCACAAUUAAUGAUAAUAUAUAUGAUAAAGGUGUAGAUAUGAAAAGUGUAACAAAAAAACGACUAAAAAUUUUGAUCAUGUGCAAAAUAUUUAAUUUGUUUUUUGAUUAUGCUCAAAUAAUUGUAUCGAAAAUAUUAAAUUAUUCCUUUUUAUUAGGGGCUAGAGAGCAUGCAAAGUUAUUUAACUUUCAUAAAGAUAUACAUAUAUUAUAUACCUUAAUGAGAAUAAUAAUUUGUUAUUUUACGUUACAUAAUAUGAAAAAGGAAGUAAGCAGUAUAGAAAAUUAUUUUAAUUCACUUGUUAAUAAUAUAUUAAUUGAUUAUAAUUGUUUAAGUAUUUAUAUAAAUUUACAUUCAGAUCAAGAAUACGGCUUUGCAUAUUAUGCUUUAUCUAUGUGUUGCAAAGAACUAUUAAAUACUUUACAAAAACAUAAUAUUUCAAAAAAUAGUUCUGAACAAAUUAGUAAAAUAUCUGCUUAUUCAUUAUAUUAUUAUAUAUUCUAUUUAUAUUCUGAUUUUUUGAUGAUAUAUUUUAUUUACAUUUCUUAUACUAAUAAAAAUGUGGAACACAUUGAGCGUAAUUCAUAUGAUAUGAAAUAUAAAAAAUGGAAUUUUUGCUGUCCAGAUGUUUGCAAAAUUGAUUUUAAUAAUUUUCAAAAAAAUAAAUAUAUACUUAUUAAUUCAUUAUUAAAAAAAGAAUUAAAUAUUGAAUACACAGAUAAGAAUGAAAUUAUUAUAGGAGCUAAAAAAGGAAUGAAAAAUAUUGAAGAAGUCAAAAAAAAUUACAGUCUUUCUGAAGAACUUGUUCAAAAAUAUACAGAAUUAAUAAAUAUUAAUAAUCGUUUUAUAAAUUUUAAAUUCAAUAUAUUUAACACAAAAUGUAAAGAUAUAGAUAUAACUGGAUACUUUAAGCAGUUUAUUAAUAACAUAAAUAAAUCUAUAAAGGAAUGUCUUUAUAAUAACAAUAAUAAUAAAUAUAAUUAUAUUAAUAUAUAUUUAAAUUCCUAUUCUUCAAAUAUGAAGAAAUCUUACAAAAAUAUCCCUCCUUUUUGUAUCGAAAAUGCUUCUUCUUUUUUAAACCCACAAUACGAAGUGGUGAGCAAUCAUCCUUAUUUUUUAAGUGUUCGUCAAAAAAUUAAAAAAUAA